CCAGCGUUGGCACUGAGCUUAGUCCCAACAGAAGCCGAGAGGAGGACAACAGGCACUUUUCAGACUGCCUUCUGCGGAACUAGUACUGUCUACAUCAUGUGUUGUCUCAGCGUAUUUUUGACACACAACUAACCAACCUGAGAGCUUGUGUUUUAGCUUUCUUCUGAGUUUAUGAGCUGUAAUAUUCUUAUCUGAAGUUGUCUUUUCUUGUCCGGGAAUCGGAUCAAUCAAGUCGAUCGUCAUUUAUUGUGGCUUUUCAAGAAACAACAAAAAAGUUCAAGACGCGUGUUUUUGUUUUAAUACUUUUGGUUAAGUUCACGUAAAGCCGAUUGCGCAUCAGUGCUUGGGGGUUUGAAAAUACGGUUUUGCAAAAUGGACUUAAACUGCAACUAACUCGGGGUACUUUUGCAGUGACCCAAGUAUCAAGAAUAAUCGAAAGACUUGUUUUUUCCCCUACUUUUUUGGAUAAAGAUCAAUCAUGGAAGAAGAGGGGAAACAGAACGGCGUCCUCCACAGCACCAAAGAGUCGGACCUCCAGCAACGCUUGAGGCUCUGUGUUUUACAUGAAAUCUUGAACACAGAGAGGGAUUACGUUCGGGUAUUGCUUUUCCUUCAGUCGGCCUUUUUGCACAGAAUCCGACAAACUGCAGAGGAGCAACAGUGUCUGUCACCUGAGCAUGUCAAGACCCUGUUUUCCAACAUCGAGUGCAUCCUGGACGUUCACAAAGAGGUUCUGUCUGCAGUGGAGGCCAGCCUGCAGCCGGAGCCGCAGCCCGGGCACGCUCUUGGACACGUCUUCCUCCAGUUUAAGGGGCGGUUCUCUGUGUACGGGGAGUACUGCAGUAACCACGAGAAGGCCCUGCGGCUGCUGAUGGAGCUCAACAAGAACCCCGAAAUAAGGACCUUCCUCCUGCACUGUAUGCUGUUGGGAGGGAAGAAGAGCACAGACAUUCCCCUGGAGGGGCUCCUGCUAUCACCCAUUCAGAGAAUCUGCAAGUACCCCCUCUUACUGAAGGAGCUGCUGAAGCGGACGCCCAAGAAGCACACAGACUACCGUGCGGUGGAGGAGGCCCUGCAGGCCAUGAAAGCAGUGUGCUCCAACAUCAACGAGACCAAGAGGCAGAUGGAGAAAUUGGAGGCCCUGGAGCAGCUGCAGUCGCAAAUCGAGGGCUGGGAGGGCACCAAUCUGACUGACAUCUGCACCGAGCUGCUGCUCCACGGUAACCUGCUCAAGAUCUCCGCCGGCAACAUCCAGGAGCGAGUCUUCUUCCUGUUUGACAACCUCCUGGUCUACUGCAAGAGGAAGUCCAGGGCAACUGGGAAGAAAUCCACAAAGAGGACCAAGUCCAUCAAUGGCCCCCUGUACGUGUUCAGAGGAAGAAUCAACACAGAGGUGAUGGAAGUGGAAAACGUUGAGGAUGGAACAGCUGACUACCACAGCAACAACUACACGGUGACCAACGGCUGGAAGAUCCACAACACGGCCAAGAACAAGUGGUUCGUCUGCAUGGCUAAGAACCCAGAGGACAAGCAGAAGUGGCUCGACGCCAUCUUGAGGGAACGGGAGCAGAGAGAGAGUCUGAAGCUAGGGAUGGAGCGGGAUGCCUACGUUAUGAUUGCCAAGAAAGGCGAGAAGCUCUACCAUAUGAUGAUGACCAAGAGCCGCCACCUGAUCAAGGACCGGCGCCGAAAGCUGACUACCGUGCCCAAGUGCUUCAUGGGAAAUGAGUUUGUGUCGUGGCUGAUAGAGAGCGGAGAGAUCAGCAAGUCAGACGAGGGGGUCAACUUGGGUCAAGCUCUGCUGGAGAACGGAAUCAUCCACCACGUGUCAGACAAGCACCAGUUCAAGAAUGAGCCUGUGUUUUACCGUUUCCGCUACGAUGACGGCACCUACAAGGCCAGGAGCGAGAUGGAGGACAUCAUGUCAAAGGGCGUGAGGCUUUACUGUCGUCUGCAUAGCCUGUAUAACCCUGUCGUCAAGGAUAGAGACUACCAUUUAAAAACCUUCAAGUCUGUGUUGCCUGCCAGCAAACUGGUAGACUGGCUCUUGUCACAGGGUGAUUGUUCCACACGUGAGGACGCGGUGACAAUGGGGGUCGGACUGUGUAACAACGGCUUCAUGCACCACGUUCUGGAGAAGACCGAGUUCAAAGACGAGUCACAGUUCUUUCGUUUCUACGCCGACGAGGAGAUGGAGGGUACCAGCUCCAAGACCAAGCAGCUGCAGCGCAACGACUUCAAGCUCAUCGAGAACAUCCUGGUCAAGUCCCUAGUGAUUCACCCAGAGGAGGAAGACUACGGCUUUGAGAUUGAGGAGAAGAACAAGGCCAUCGUGGUGAGGUCUGUCACCAGGGGCUCUCGCGCCGAGAUGGCGGGGCUGCAGGAGGGUAGGAAGAUCUUCACCAUCAACGAGGACCUGGUGUUCCUCAGGCCCUUCCAGGAGGUGGAGACCAUGAUCAACCAAGCCUUCUGCAUCCGCCGCUCCUUACGCCUGCUGGUCAACACCAAGACCAAGGAGAUUGUGAAGAUUCCAGACACUCCCGGUGCCCUGUCCUUCAAACUCAGUGGCUCCGCCCCACCUCAUGUACACGCAGUAAGGAAAGGGUCGGAGGCGGCGGUGGCAGGACUCCAGCCAGGUCAGUGCAUCCUGAAGGUGAAUGGCAACAACAUGAACCAUAGCGACUACCAGGAGGUCCUGGAGCACUUCACCUCCCACCACGACCAGCAGGAUCAGCCCGACAUGUGUCAGUGGGUGUACCGUGUGUUUGAGGAUGUGGAGGAGGGGGGCCCGUUCAAGGCCCGCACAGCAGAGAAAUGCUCAGACAUCGAUGAGGAGAACGGCAGGAAUGGAACAGACUGCAGUGGGGGCCUGAGCCGGCUGUCUCUGUCUGAUGACACGGUGCCCCUGGUGAGCAUGACGGUGGACAACGUGCACCUGGAGCACGGCGUGGUGUACGAGUAUGUCAGUACUGCCGGCAUCAAGAGCCACGUCCUGGAGAAGAUGGUGGAGCCCAAGGGCUGCUUCAGCCUUACUGCGAAGAUCCUGGAGGCCUUUGCAAGCGACGACAGUCAUUUUGUGCGUAACUGCAGCCAGCUGAUCUCGCAGAGUGACCGCGUGAUGUCCAUGCCCCAAUUUGAGUUCAGGAACAUCUGUGAUACCAAGCUGGAGAGCAUCCGCCGGCGAAUCAGCAGAUACCAGCAGUUUGCCCAGGAGCUGAGGAAAAAGGCGUGCCCCACAUUCAAGCAGGCAGGCGUACUGGCCCACCCGCUGGGCUGCAUGGACUUUGUGCCCACCAACUGCCACGUCAACCUGAUGCAGGUGUCCCAACCCAAGACCCCCAUGGUGUCCGGCAGGGCCUUCAGCUUCCGCUUCGGACGCAAGAACUCCUUCUACGGCCUGGACCCCAACCAAGCUAACCUGUCUCACAUGUCUCACACCCAGCACUGUGUGACUAGCAUGGGUGCCCCGUCUUACAGCUGCAGCGGUCUCGGGGAGGAGGAGGAUGGUGAGGGGGACAUCGAGGGCUAUGGAGAGGGCGUCCCAGACAGGCUCAAACAGGAGGACAUGGAGAUCCAGGAUGCAUACAUCCGCCUCUACAGCCGCCUGAACAUCGCCGUGCAAGAGAUGAGGCAGUACGUCACCCAAAUAGACGCCCUCCUUUUUUCGAUCACGGAGCCCACCCAGCCGCAGGGCAGCGAGUCCCCAGCCUACGAGGCCAUUCAGCCCCCUUCCGUGACCCCCGAAGAGGGGGACCAGGAAAAGGCGGAGCACGGGGGCAUCAAGAGGGUCUGCUUCAAGGUGACGGAAAAGGACCAAGAGGACUCGGGCCAAGACACCAUGAGCUACAGGGACUCCUACAGUGAAUGUACCAGUAACAGGGAUUCCGUCUUGUCGUACACAAGUGUACGUAGCAACAGCUCUUACCUGGGGAGUGACGAGAUGGGUUCAGGUGAUGAGCUGCCCUGUGACAUGAGUAUUUCCUCCGACAAGCAGGACAAGCUGCACGGCUGUUUGGAGCACCUUUUCAACCAGGUGGACUCCAUCAACAGCCUGCUCAAAGGGCCCGUCAUGACCAAGGCCUGCGAGGAGACCAAGCACUUUCACACUGACAACACUAAGCCAGAGUUCCGUCACACUGAAGACUGGACGGUGCGCUGUCACAUCAUCCACAAGAACAGCCAGGAGGACCCUUGGAACCUGCCCAGCUCUAUUAAGACACUGGUGGAGAGCCUGCAACGAUUUGUGGAUGAUGGGAAGAACCAGGUGCUUCUGGCCCUGCUCAAAUGUACAGACACGGCUCUGCAGCUGCAGCGGGACGUGAUCUUCUGCCAGAGUGCGGUGAGCGCUGUGUGCACACUGGCCGAGCAGCUCCUGGCGGCGCUGCAGGCGCACUUCAACAACGCUGGAGAGUACGAGGAAGACUGCAAGGACACGAGCCGUAAGUGGCUGGAGCAGGCGGCCACCAUCGGCGUGCUGCUCAACUUCCAGGCAACGCUGGCGCCCCACGUGAAGGAGGAGAGGACGAUGCUGGAGGAUACCCAGGCAGCCCUGUUGGACCUGGACAAAGUCACAGUGUUCUUCCGCCAGCUGGAGGAUGAAUGCCUGGUUGCAAACACGCCGGUGUGUUACCACGUGGAGGGCACCCGGCAGGCCCUGAGGGUCACCAUGUACCUGGACAGCUGCCACUUCAGUGAGCUCCCCACGCGCCUGCGGAACGGGGGCAGCCUCAAACUGCACACUGUGCUCUUCACUAGCGCCCUGGAGAGGCCAGAGGGAGUGUCCGAGCAGGACUACGUGUCCGUAGAAGAGUUCCAGCAACGCACCAACGCCGUCGCACUGGAAAGGGUCAAAGCCUACUACCGAAAACUCAGGGCUUUUUACCUGGAGAAGUCAAAUCUUCCCACCGACUCCAACACCACAGCUAAGAAGAUAGACCAGCUCCUCAGACCCCUCAACACUCUGGACGACCUGUGUCGUCUGAUGAAGUCAUAUGUCAACGUGCAUCCCAAUGCCGCAGGCCACCCCUCUGGCGUCGGCGUCCUGUGUGUGUCCUCCGAGCUGUGCAACCGCCUGGGCGCAUGCCAUAUCACCAUGUGUGCUACUGGCAUGCAGAGGUGCACCCUGAGUGUGACCCUUGAUCAGGCCAUGAUCCUGGCACGGAACCACGGCCUCAUGCCCCGCUGCAUCAUGCAGACCAUGGACAUCAUGCGCAAACAGGGCACCAGGGUAGAGAUCUCGGCUAAAAACCUCAAAGUGAUGGACCAGAUGCCGCCCGCAGCCCCAAGGCUCUUCAAGUUGUGUCUGCCACCCGAAGAUGGAGAUCUAUAAGAGACUAAGCAUCGCUGUGUUUUUAUUCCGCUCAUUUAUUUAGUCAAGAUAGUCCACUCAGUAACAAUUGUCACUGUUUUCCAGUGAGUCCUCAGUUCCAUAGAAUCAAUAAAAACAUAUACAGCAUACCCAUUGGCAUACAUACAAAAGCAUAUCUAAAAUCACAGCAUGCACAGAAGCACACACAUCAUACGCGGUAGCAUACAAACAAAACAAGGCUCACAUUACAGCUAUAUGUACUGCUCUUUUGAAGGUGGACAUGCUAGAUAGCUCUCGUGUGGAUAAGUCCAGCUUGUUCCAGUACAACGGUCCAAAGACCUGCAGACUGCCUUGAAUGGCCAUAUUUUUCGCUAAUGGUUGUGCCAGUAGGUACGGGUCCAAUUGGUCAUAGGCUUUGACUGCUGCUCUGGUGUGCCCCCGGAGGAUGGGUGGAGACUCCCACCUGAACAGGUCUGACAUGUAUUCAGGCAGUCUGUGCUGUGUGUCGUUGAAAACAGUCACUGGGGCGUUGUAAUGGAUCAUGACCGUCAGUGGUUCGAUUCCAGCUUUUUACAGAAGAACCUCUGUUUUCAUGUGUUCCCUCCGUGAAUGCCCGGUCAUGUUGAUGAUACGCUGUAGCCGGUUAAGACCUGUCUUAUUGUCCUGAUGUAGGGUGGGAAGACAUACUGUGGCACAGUAGUCCAGGUGAGUUGUUAUGGUGUGGUAAAUUGUCAGGAUGAUGCCCUUGGAGACAAAGUCCCCUGCUCUUUUUAGCCCAGACAGUAGUUUCCCUGUGACCAGGCUGGCGUGUUCAGUCCAGUGUAGGUGUGGGUCCGACUUCAUCCCCAGGUACUUCAUGGAGUUUACUUGUUCAUACGUGUUUUGUCCAUCUGUUAUUGUGAUGCUUUUGCCUGUGUAUCUCAGCUUUUGUGGGUUGCCAAACAGCAUUGCCUUGGUUUUCUGGGGGUAUAGGGAGAGCUUGUCGUCAGCAAACCAAGCUGCUGCCCUCUUGAUGUCGUUUGACACUGACUCCUCACUCUCCCUUGUGGUAUUUGCUGAGUAGUACAGGACUGUGUAAUCUGCAUAUACAGUACAUUCUGAAAGUAUUCAGACCCCUUGACCACAUUUUGCUACGUUACAGCCUUAUUCUAAAAUGGAUGCAAUAUUUUUUUCCUCCUCAAUCUACAUACCCCAUAAUGACAAAGCAAAACAGUUUUUUUAAACAUGUUUGAAAAUGUAUAAAAAAGAAAAAAACAUACCUUAUGUACAUAAGUAUUCAGACCCUUUGCUAUGAGACUCGAAAUUGAGCUCAGGUGCAUCCUGUUUCCAUUGACCAUCCUUGAGUUGUAGAAAACAACUUGAUUGGAGUCCACCUGUGGUAAGUUCAAUUAAUUUGACAUGAUUUGGAAAGGCACACACCUGCCUAUAGAAGGUCCCACAGUUGACAGUGCAUGUCAGAGCAAAAACCAAGCCAUGAGGUCGAAGGAAUUGUCCGUAGAGCUCCGAGACAGGGUUGGGUCGGCACAGAUCUGAGAAAAGAGCAAGAUGGUGCCGACAGAUAUGGUCGCCUCGCUUCACGUCCUUAGGAAACUAUGCAGUAAUGCGCAGACCAGCUGGCUGGUGUGUUUGCAGACAUAUUCAAUCAAUCCCUAUCCCAGUCUGCUGUCCCCACAUGCUUCAAGAUGGCCACCAUUGUUCCUGUUCCCAAGAAAGCUAAGGUAAUUGAAGUAAAUGACUAUCGCCCCAUAUCACUCACUUCUGUCAUCAUGAAGUGCUUUGAGAGGCUAGUAAAGGAUCAUAUCACCUGUACCUUACCUGCCACCCUAGACCCACUCCAAUUUGCUUACCGCCCCAAUAGGUCCACAGACGAUGUAAUUGCCAUCACACUGCCCACGGCCCUAUCCCAUCUGGACAAGAGGAAUACCUAUCUAAGAAUGCUGUUCAUUGACUACAGCUCAGCAUUCAACACCAUAGUACCCUCCAAACUCGUCAUUACACUUGAGACCCUGGGUCUCGACCCCGCCCUAUGCGACUGGGUCCUGGACUUUCUGACGGGCCGCCCCCAGGUAGUGAAGGUAGGAAACAACAUCUCCACCCCGCUGAUCCUCAACACUGGGGCCCCACAAGGGUACGUUCUCAGCCCUCUCCUGUACUCCCUGUUUACCCAUGACUGCGUGGCCAUGCACGCCUCCAACUCAAUCAUCAAGUUUACAGACGACACUACAGUGGUAGGCUUGAUUACCAACAAUGAUGAGACAGCCUACAGGGAGGAGGUGAGGGCCCUCGGAGUGUGGUGUCAGGAAAAUAACCUCACUCAACGUCAACAAAACAAAAGGAGAUGAUUGUUGACUUCAGGAAACAGCAGAGGGAGCAUCCACCUAUUCACAUCGACGGGACAGUAGUGGAGAAGGUGGAAAGUUUCUUUUAAGUUCCUCGGCAUACACAUCACGGACAAACCUGAAAUGGUCCACCAACACAGACAGUGUGGUGCAACAGCGCCUCUUCAACCUCAGGAGGCUGAAGAAAUUUGGCUUGUCACCUAAAACCCUCACAAACUUUUACAGAUGCACAAUUGAGAGCAUCUUGUCGGGCUGUAUCACCGCCUGGUACAGCAACUGCACCGCCCUCAACCGCAAGGCUCUCCAGAGGGUAGUGAGGUCUGCACAAUGCAUCACCGAGGGCAACCUACCUGCUCUCCAGGACACCUACAGCACCCGAUGUCACAGGAAGGCCAUAAAUAUCAUCAAGGACAACAACCACCCGAGCCACUGCCUGUUCACCCCGCUAUCAUCCAGAAGGCGAGGUCAGUACAGGUGCAUCAAGGCUGGGACCGAGAGACUGAAAAACAGCUUCUAUCUCAAAGCCAUCAGACUGUUUAACAGCCAUCACUAACAUAGAGAGGCUGACUUUAAAAAAUGGAUUUAAUAAUGGUAUCACUAGUCACUUUUAAAUAAUGGCACUUUAAUAAUGUUUACAUAUCCUAUGUUACUCAUCUCAUAUGUAUAUACUGUAUUUUAUACCAUCUAUUCCAUCUUCCCUAUGCCACACGGGCAUCGCGCAUCUAUAUAUGUAUAUGUACAUAUUCUUAUUCCAUCCCGUUACAUUGUGUAUAUAAGGUAGUCAUUGGGAAUUUGUUCGAUAUUACUGUACUGUCAGACUAGAAGCACAAGCAUUUCGCUACACUCUCUUUAUCUUCUAAAAAUGUGUAUGUGACCAAUUAGAUUUGAUCUGGGAAAGGUAAUAAAAAUAGUCUGCAGCAGUGAAGUUCCCCAGGAACACAGUGGCCUCCAUCAUUCUUAAAAGGAAUAAGUUUGGAACCACCACAACUCUUCCUAGAGCUGGCAGCCCCCGGCCAAACUGAGCAAUAGGGGGAGAAGGGCCUUGGUCAGGAAGGUGACCAAGAACCCGAUGGUCACUCUGACAGAGCUCCAGAGUUCCUCUAUGGAGAUGGGAGAACCUUCUAGUAGGACAACCAUAUCUGCAGGACUCCACCAAUCAGGCCUUUAUGGCAGGGUGGCCAGACGGAAGCCACUCCUCAGUAAAAGGCACAUGACAGCCUGCUUGGAGUUUGCCAAAAGGCACCUGAAGGACUCGCCGAUCAUGAGAAAGAUUCUCUGGUCUGAUAAAACGAAGAUUCAACUCUUUGGCCUUAAUGCCAAGCUUUACGUCAUGAAGCAUGGUGGUGGCAGCAUUAUGCUGUGGGGAUGUUUUUCAGCGGCGGGGACUGGGAGACUAGUCAGGAUCGAGGGAAAGAUGAAAGAGCAAAGUACAGAGAGAUCCUUGAUGAAAACCUGCUCCAGAGUGAUCAGGACCUCAGACUGGGUUGAAGUUUCACCUUCCAACAGGACAACGGCACUAAGCACACAGCCAAUACAACACAGGAGUGGCAUUCAGAAUGUCCUUGAAUGUCCUUGAGUGGCCCAGCCAGAGUCUGAACCCUAUCAAACAUCUCUGGAGGGACCUGAAAAUAGCUGCGCUGCAACACUCCCCAUCCAACCUGACAGAGCUUGAGAGGAUCUGCAUGGAAGAAUGCGAGUACCUCCCCAAAUAUAGGUGUGCCAAGCUUGUAGUGUCAUACCCAAGAAGACUCAGAACAAUAAACUGGGUAAAGGGUCUGAAGUUUUUUUUAACAUUUGCAAAAAUUCCUAAAAACCUGUUUUUGCUUUGUCAUUAUGGGGUAUUGUGUGUAGAUUGAUGAGGGGAAAAAAACUAUUUUAAUCCAUUUUAGAAUAAGGCUGUAAUGUAACAAAAUGUGGAAAAAAGUCAAGGGGUCUGAAUACUUUCCGAAUGCACUGUAUAUGUAUACGGCAUUUCUCCAGCACUGAUGGGCGAGGGUAAUUUAUGUAAAUGCAGAACAGCAGGGGUCCAAGCUCACUCCCUUGUGGUACUCCAUUUACCACAAGUACCUGGGCUGAUUGCGUGGCUUGCAGUUUGGUGUACUGACUUCUCCCCUGUAAGUAUGAUGUGAACCACUUGAUUGCAGUGCUGUCAAAGCCUAGUUUCUCAAGCUUCCUCAGGACCUUGUGUUGGUGACCAGUGUCAAAAGCUUUCUUCAAAUCCAAGAAGAUUGCUACUGUGACCGCCUGGCUGUUAUAAGCCGAUGGCAUGUCCUCCACAACCCUUUGCGCUGCUGUAGAUGUGCUGUGUAUCUUCCUAAAACCUCUUUGAUAGGCUGUAAAUAGGCUGUUGAGUGAGAAAUAGUUAGCAACUUGUGUGUGCACCAGUCUUUCCAACACUUUGGAGAUGGCACAUAGAAUUGACACUGGAUGGUCGUUGGCCACAUCCGAUUUAUCCACUGACUUGUAGAUUGGUGGUAUAGAAGCCAUUUUCCAUUGACAUGGGAGCUCCCCUUUUUGAGAUUGACAGAUUGAGGAUAUGAGUCAGCCGCCAUGGCAUUUCUCUUUUUUUUUAAAGUGCAAUUACUGUAGGCUAUUACUGCAAUAUGAAGGCAUUAGUUAUUUAUCGUACUGGGAAGGAGCAAUUGUAUUCCUCAAUAAUAUCAGGUAUUCAAGAAUUGAAAGCAUUCCAGCCUACACAUCAUGCAGUAUUAAAUGGAGUAAUGGCAUGCUAUGUUUUUUAAAGAACUUACCUUGGUCAUUGUAAUGCUUAUCAGUCUAAUGAUCUGAUAAAUGUGUUGAAAUUGAAUAAUAGAUCUAUUUUCAAUUCUUCUAUUUAAUUUUUUUUUACACUAACAUUUAGAUUUGUAUAUAUUUUGUUCACAUUUUCAAAUGUGCCUUUAUUCAUUUGAAAAAUGAAAGUUGAGUGUGAUACAAUGAAUACAACGAUACAAUGAAGUGUUAAAUUCAUGUGGUCCUUGGAGGCGAAGUCAAACAUAGAUACACACAUACACCAGAUAUCCCCAAAGCAAUGCCAUAUAGAAAACUUACCAUGACAUUUUCUCUCCCAUAUAGAUACUUCUGCACCCAAAUAUGAUAGCUAAUCCCUCAAGUUGUGAAAAGGAAUUCUCUGUAGGAGAGAAGAGAGUGCGUGAUACAAACCCUAUUGGCAUACGAUGACAAUACCACAAUACCGCCCUAUUAUAACCUAUUAUAAUAGUUUAAUAGGCCCAGAUAUGAUUUCAGUUCUGUGACUGUGGUAGGCAUUGGUGUGUCCUGUACCGCCUUUACUUUCUCUGGCACUGGAUGCCGUCCAGUAGCGUCCACCCUGUGUCCUAGGAAUGUCACUUCCUUCUCCAUGAAGCUGCACUUACUCCGUUUCAAGCGUAGCCCAGCCUCCUCCAGUCGCUGUAACACUUUGUCCAGUGUUCGGAUGUGGUCCUGAUCAUUUCUUCCUGUCGGGAGAAUAUCAUCGAGAUACACUGGGUAAUCCCCUGUGGAAUCUCCUCCAUAGUGUGCUGGAAGAUAAUGGGACUGGAGCUGACGCCAAAGGGUAACCUGGCUUAGGUGUAUCAUCCCUUGUGCGUGUUCACUGUGACAUAUUUCUUUGAAUCUUCAUCUAGCCCAAUCUGCUGAUAAGCAUGGCUCAUGUCUAGUUGGCUGAAUUUUUCUCCUCCAGGUAAGGACAUGAACAUGUCCUCCAUUGUAGGAAUGGGGUAUUAUUCUAGUGAUGACGUUCUGUUUAUAGGUACCACACAAUCUCACUGUACCGUCUGGUUUUAACACUGGGACUGACGGUGCUGCCCACUCUGACUGUGAUGUUACACUACAGCCAGUAUCUAUCUCCUACUUCACUUUACAUCCAUGUACAGUUAAAUACUGUCUAAGCGGAGGUACCUUAGUAAAGGUAGUGUCCACGUUGUGAAUAGUAAACACAUCCUCGCUACACUCUUCCUCUUCCUGUAUGAAAUUUGCCCUUUUCAAAUGUCUCGCUCUCUCCACCUUGAGUCGUUUUAGGAGCCUGCGUGAUCGUUUGGUCUGCGUCUGUAAUUCUGCAGGCCCUCUUUAUGUGCCCCAUUUGACCACUGUUGUGACACUUUUCUCACGUGGACUUGCACUCAUUAUCCUGCAUUCCUCCCAUCCUUGAAGACGACAUCGCUAGAUGUGUGAAAGGAGAUUUUACUCUAGGCUACCAACCAAGUCAUGUCAGAUCAGUAAUUAUUUCUGCAGCCUAUCAUCAUUGAUCCAAUGACUUAUUUCAAAAAAGGGAGAAUCCAUCCAUGAAUAUACUAAGCUAACAUAUAGAAUUGUUUUAAGAUGGUGAAAUCAUGGAUCAUUUAGCGAUUUGAUUUAGAAUUUUAUGACCCCUUUAGGUAUCCCCAAUAUUCCCCUAUAUUUUAUCAAAUGCAUUGAAUAACACAUUCAUAAAUGGAAAAAUACUGUAAAAAAAUGAAUCAGGUAUUGAAUUGUGUGUCCUAUACAGUAUCUAGGAGAUAUAAGAAAGCUCAGGAAAUAUGUCAUUUUUAUUUAAACAAUUACACAUAUUUAACCCUGUAUUUUUGGGGGCUCAAAUCUAAUCAUUUGUUUUUGUCACAUGGCUAAAUACAACAGGUGUAACCAUUACAGUGAAACGCUUACUUACAAGAAAAACGACCUCCAUACUUCCAUUUGUUUGUAUGGGUUACCUUUAAUAGAAUCUUAAGGAUUUUAAUAGUUGCCAUUACGCACAGAGGUUUUUAUUCUGAAUGUCUGUUUCGUCAUAAAACCAUAGCUGUUAGAAAGCUACUGUAGACUAUGCAAGGUGUUCGCCUAGGCGACGCUGCAGAACGGUGUAGUGAAUUUGGAGGGCAGACUGACAGGGACUCAAGCCCAUGUCUCUUUGCGGUCAGUGACCGUGCCAAUUGAGUUUCCUCAUUUGGUUGUGAUCAUAACACAUCAUGGCUGUUUUAAUAUAGUAUAUGCCUUUAGUCUGAAGUUGCCAGGGAGAAACUUGGUGUGUACGUGCGCGUUGACUGAUAACCCGCAGUCCCCGCGGUUAUCCUAUAUCUUUAUAGCCUUAAUAUUAACUCAUGCAGAAGCAUUUACUGCAGUAAAAUUAUACACCAAAUGUAUGCUAAAUUUGGACUCGGCAACAAGACUGUUGAGAUAUGUCUUUCUUUCAGCAUUGUGAGAGAAUGUGAAUGCACAGUAAGAUACCAUCUGUAGAGGUUCCAUCUUUAUUCGCGUCAUAAAAGCUGAUAGUAGUCGAUUUCAACCACAUAAAAUAUGCAUCCAGGGUUAAAUUAAAUAUUAUCAGAAACAUGUUGAGUCGUUUUCACCGCUUUCUAUUUCCAUACAACCGGUCAAACGUGUGUUAUUUGUAAAUUUGGCACGAACAUUUUCCCCGUUUUUUUUUUUGUAUUGCCUUUUCUCCCUAGUCCCUUAACGUCUUCGCUUCGCAAAAGAAGCAGAAUUGACAGAGAACUUUACCGAUGUCAAUUAGAUUGAAGCUUUCAUCCUAUCGAUUUAUGACAUUCCGGUGAACGUGUUUAUUUAGUCUUCAAUUGCAACAUGUAAUGACAGAAGAGAAGCUACAUGUAUCUAAUUAUAGACAAGUUGACUAACAAAUAGGCUACCAACAUGUCGGAAAUUGGAAGCAGAAACGUAUCUAAAUCAGACCCAAUAAAAAUCCUGCACCCCCUGUCAAAAAAUCGUUCUGCUGUCUCUGAAUGUAGCUUCAUUUUCUAUAUUAUCGGGUUAGGGUCAGAUGCGGGCCUCAGAUUUUCACUCUAUAAAAUAUUUUCUAGGUGUUGCGGGUGGGACAUUUGCAAUUACGGCGCAACACUAGUGUGCACAGUGACGCCUGUUAUACAUGCAUGGCGCCAAACGUCUGCUUGUGUGUGUGAGAGAGACAUUUUUCUCCAAAGGACCCCAUUAAUUUACCACUUUGGAUGAGCAGUGUCUUUACAUUCGCACUGUGAUAGUGCGGCUGGGCUGGGCUGGAUAGUAGCAUCCACUUGAACCACGUAUUUAGAAAUCACCCAGUUUUCCUAACUGCAACAAACUUACAUUUUUCAAAUGACUCAAGGUAAAUAAAAAAUGUAAAACUCGGUUUCUAUUUGUCAAUUUUAUGAAUGGAUCAGAUCAUUUCGAAGUUGACACGAACAUUAUUAUUCAACUUGAAAGAUCGUAUUAGAACAUUGGCUUGAUAAGCGUUACAUGCAAACUCCUUAUUCUAUUUUUCUCAUGUUUUGAUUUUGUCUGUCAUUUCCUCUGGAGGGAGACAAUUUUUAAUCCGAGUCUGGGAAACAAGGUAACCGUAUCUAAUCUCAGAGCUGUUUGUGUGUGCCAAUCCGCACGCCUAGUCAAAAGGUUGGAAUAUUUGAAGCCUUUGAAACUAUUAAUAUAUAAUCGUUAAGUGGGAGACUGCCUCCUCCAAUGUUUUGCUGAGACCUUGUUGCAAUUUUGUAUUUAAUUUAGCUGUAGCUAUCUAGCUGCUUUGAAAUCUGAAUGUUUCAAUAUUUAAAUGGCAUAAUGAUUCAUCCAAUCACUCAGCAGUGUCAGCACAAUGUACAGUAACCCGCCCGAGGAUUAGGACAACAAAGGGAUCAUUGAAGUUAACAUAAUAGCAUUAUUUUCAUUAAGAUUUUAUGUUAUGUUAUUAUUCUUUUAUAUACUUACCGGAACCAAUGUCUUUGUCAGAGACAAUAGGAUAUGGUCUAUGCCUUUGGCAGCAGAGUUAAUGCUAUAAUUUAAAUUAUAAACUGGGUGGUUUGAGCCCUGAAUGCUGAUUGGCUGACAAUCGUGGUAUAUCAGACGGUAAACCACAGGUGUGAUAAAACAUGUAUUUUUACUGCUCUAAACUGAUAACCAGUUUAUAAUAGCAAUAAGGCACCUCAGGGGUUUGUGAUAUAUGGCCAAUAUAUCAUGGCUAAGGGCUGUAUCCAGGCACUCCGUGUUGCGUCGUGAUUAAGAAAAGCCCUUAGCCGUGGUAUAUUGGCCAUAUACCACAACUCCGUGGGCCUUAUUGCUUAAUUAUAAUAUUUUUAUAGGCUACCUGGGGGCGGCAGCUAGUGGUUAACGCGUUGGGCUAGUAACCAAAAGGUUGCUAGAUCGAAUCCCCCGAGCUGACAAGGAAAAAAUCUGUCGUUCUACCCCUGAACAAGGCAGUUGACUCACUGUUCCUAGGCCGUCAUUGUAAAUAAGAAUUUGUUCUUUAACUGUCUUGCCUAGUUAAAUAAAGGUUAAAUGUAAUAUAUAUAUAUAGUAUCUAAAAAACACAAUUAAUUGUAUUCAUAUUGUAUUUUUUUUUUUAUAAUGGACAGAUUUUUGGUUCAUGCAUAUCCACACUGGCGUUGUUGUUAUUGACUAUUUAUUUAGAAGCUCUUGUCAGGUCCCAAUUCUGACUAUUUAUUUAGAAGCUCUUGUCAGGUCCCAAUUCUGACUAUUUAUUUAGAAGCUCUUGUCAGGUCCCAAUUCUGACUAUUUAUUUAGAAGCUCUUGUCAGGUCCCAAUUCUGACUAUUUAUUUAGAAGCUCUUGUCAGGUCCCAAUUCUGACUAUUUAUUUAGAAGCUCUUGUCAGGUCCCAAUUCUGACUAUUUAUUUAGAAGCUCUUGUCAGGUCCCAAUUCUGACUAUUUAUUUAGAAGCUCUUGUCAGGUCCCAAUUCUGACUAUUUAUUUAGAAGCUCUUGUCAGGUCCCAAUUCUGACUAUUUAUUUAGAAGCUCUUGUCAGGUCCCAAUUCUGACUAUUUAUUUAGAAGCUCUUGUCAGGUCCCAAUUCUGACUAUUUAUUUAGAAGCUCUUGUCAGGUCCCAAUUCUGCAGGGUCGUGUUCAUAAAGCACCAAUUGGAACAGAACAGCAUGAAACAUGAAGGGGCUACCUGAACUUUUAGGAAAUUAGGAUAUGCUUACUUCAGUUUUCUGUUGCAAAAGACACACCCCAGAUUUCAAUUCUCUUUACAGCCUCUGAUGUUGGCAUAGCUGUAAUUUAACAGGAAAUAUUAAAUUGCAUCUUUCGAAGUUAGAAGACAUCCCUAAGUGAUCAAUUGAUCAAAUGUUGCACUCUUACCAGUUCGCCCCUUGAUUGAAAUGUAUACAGCUAUCCUGCCUCUUGGUCAGAUUCAUGUAAUAAGUGUGUCUAACUUGCGUUGCUUCAAUGUCAGUCAUUAGCUAAUGAAUCCUGUACUGUAUGUUGGUGUGGAGGGAAAAAUGUCACUGGUAACAUUUACUUGUCCUAAUUUCUCAUCAUUGUACAUACUUUAUUUGCAUUUUUUUAUAUAUAUUUCUUGUUGGAAGUAGUAUUGUAAAUUGAACUUUAACAAGCUAGUAAAAUAAAAUGCUCAUCACAAAA